AUGGAAGUGACUGAAUUGGCUUCCUUAAGGCUUUCCAUUGAGACGAAUAUGGUAUUGCAGAAGAGGUUAUAUUAUAGCUUUAAUGGCAAUCAGGUGCCAACCAAGCCCCGAGCUACUAGAUCAGCUAGGAGGAACUCUACAUUUCAAAGAAGGUUGGAAGACAAUCAAAUGUGUGCAUUUGACUUAUUGGCCACCGUAGCUGACACUUUAUUGCAAGAGAAACAGAAUCCAGCCACAUCUAGUGAUAGAUCAUUAGAAAAGGAUAGGGAUGGAUUUGUAAAACAGGAGUGCCAGGAUGCAAAUAAACCAUUCAAAACUGAGCUUUCUGAUGAAGCAAGUUGUGACAGAAGAUGUCAGCAAGAAUUUGUUAAAGAAGGAUGCCCAGAUGCAAAUAAACCAUUAAAAGCUGAGCUUUCAGACGAAGGAAGUAGUGAUAGAAAAUGUUUCUCUAAUAUUUCUUACCAAGUAUACAGUCAAAAUUGUUGUUUGAAGGAAUUCCCCCAUCAUGAAAUGGACGGUCAUUCAUGCAUUGCUUCUAUAACAAGUUCUGGUUGCUCAGAGAAGUUUGUUGCUGAAACACUAGUGGAUGGGAAUGGCCAAAAUGAAAUGGAAAAUUUAGCUAGCAAGGUUGAAUUAGGUUCCUCUGGAAGUCCAGAUAGUAGUGGUUGCAAGUUAGAUGGUGAUGUAAAUAAAGUAAAAGAUGGUAAGUUUGGGAAGGUUCCCGAUGAUACUGGGACUGGGUUGUGCUGUUCUGAGGAUCCCUUGGAUGAAAAACCUCCAGCACUAAUAAGUUCUUGUGACAAUGCCAAGUUGUCUGGGUAUGAUGACAACAGCAUGCCUCAUAGCUCAUUGUCCAAAGGUUGUGACAAUGUAGUAGUAGAUAGUAGAGAUGAUGACGAAAACUUUUCUGGGUGUGCUCACCCUGGUACCAAAAUGAAGUCCUUUAGACCAAUUACUUGUAUAGAUGGUAGAAAAAUAAAGAAAAGAUUGGCUACUAAAUAUCAUAAAGUUGCUCAAGAAUCCACGCAUGAUAAGUUAUCUAACAGUGUUUUGGAUGGAAAUUUGAUGCCGGUUUACAGCAGUAGGAAGAACUAUUAUAAAAGCCAAAGAUCUCAGAUGAACAUUCCUUUUAAAAAGAGGAAGCUUUUCAAAUGUAAUUCUGAUACAAAUUCUACCGGAUAUAUCAGAAAUGGUGACGCUUAUUAUUCACCCAAGAUUGAAGCGAACCAAAGUGUUUCAUGUUCAUCUUCUGGGAUGGGCAAAGAUCAUGAAACAUCAUCCUUGGGACAAUCUGCUUUACGAUCUCGAGAUUCUCAUGUGAAGCUUAGGAUCAAAUCAUUUAGAGUGCCCGAGCUUUUUAUUGAGAUUCCAGAAACUGCAACCAUUGGGUCCUUAAAGAGGACAGUGAUGGAAGCAGUGACUGCAGUACUCGGAGGUGGAUUACGUGUGGGAGUGAUUCUCCAUGGAAAGAAGGUUAGAGAUGACAGUAAAACUCUACUCCAGACUGGAAUUUCUCAUGAUAACCACUUGGAUGCUUUGGGAUUCGCCUUGGAGCCUAAUUCUUCACAAAAUAUACCACCUGCAUGUGCAACUAGUUCUCUUCGCAUUCCUAGUGCAAAUAUGCCUCAACCUUUUAUAGGGUAUCCUUCAAGUCCUGCUGUGAUUCAUCAAAGGAUUCAGGGCUUUCCUAACAUGUUAGCUGAACAUCAAGCAACAGGUUUAGGUAACCUUGUCGAAAGUGAUCAUGAUUCAGCACCUUCUCCCAUCAACACAUCAGGUGAAAAAAAAUUGUCAUACUCUAAAGAACUUAUUACUGUUCCGGAAAUGGGUAUGGAGGUACUGGCUGUGCAACCUGUGCAUCAAAAGUCAAAGCGAACCGAGAUCGCACAGCGCCGAAUUCGGAGGCCGUUUUCCGUUGCUGAAGUGGAAGCGUUGGUUCAAGCAGUUGAGAAACUUGGAACUGGAAGGUGGCGUGAUGUUAAGCUUCGUGCUUUUGAGAAUGCAAAGCAUCGGACAUACGUGGAUUUGAAGGAUAAAUGGAAAACACUGGUGCACACAGCAAGAAUAUCCCCUCAGCAAAGGAGGGGAGAACCUGUUCCUCAAGAACUUUUGGACAGGGUCCUAACUGCUCAUGCAUAUUGGUCCCAGCAGCAGACUAAGCAACAGCUCAAGCACCACCCAAAACCUUGCCUUCUCCUUUAA